AUUAAUAAAAUAUAUUCAUAUAAAGAGAAGAAAACUAUAGACUCAUCAUCAUCACAGACCUCUCUCUCUCUCUCUUCUCUUCAUCUUCUACAUAUAUUAAUUAUAUACUACUAAGAAACACAAAUAACUCCACCUAUGACCUCAUCAUAGCUGUAUCCAUAUUAUAUAUAAGCUAGUCAUUAAACCAAAAAAUAAAAUUGCUGACCAUUAAUGAUUAGAUUGGCAUGUGUUUGGAGAUGAGAGUUAGAUUCCAAGAAUAAGGCGAUGAGCUGCAAUGGGAUGGCUUUCUUCCCAGCAAAUUUCAUGCUUCCACCGUCGUCUCAUGAAGAAGAUCAUCAUCAUCAUCAUCAGCCAAUUCCAAUUCUACCCUCCUCCUGCACUCCUCAUGAUUUUCAUGGAGUGGCAUCAUUUCUAGGAAAAAGGUCAAUGUCAUACUCAGGAGAGGAUGAGGUGUCAGAUGAUGAUGGGUCACAAGCAGGAGAAAAGAAGAGGAGGCUGAACAUGGAGCAAGUGAAGACCCUGGAGAAGAACUUUGAACUAGGGAACAAGCUUGAACCUGAGAGGAAAAUGCAGCUGGCUAGGGCUCUGGGGCUGCAGCCCAGACAGAUUGCUAUUUGGUUCCAGAACAGGAGAGCCAGGUGGAAGACAAAGCAGCUCGAGAAAGAUUACGAUCUGCUUAAAACACAGUUCGAAGCCCUCAAAGCCCAUAACGAUUCUCUCCAAUCGCACAACCGCAGCCUUCAUGCUCAGAUCAUGGCACUGAAAAGCAGGGAACCAACAGAAUCAAUAAACCUGAAUAAAGAAACAGAAGGUUCUUGCAGUAACAGAAGCGAGAACAGCUGCGAUGUGAAGCUUGAUAUUUCAACCACACCGCCCACCGAAAGUCCCAUCACAAGCAGACCACUUUUUCCAUGCGCAAGGCCAACAACAGGAGUAGUCGCACAGCUCUUCCACAACCACCCUAUUCCUUCGUCAAGACCCAGCAAUAUAAAUGAUCAACUGGUAAAAGAAGAGAGUCUUAGCAAUAUGUUCGUUGGCAUGGAUGAUCAAUCUGGGUUUUGGCCGUGGCUUGAGCAGCAACAUUUUCAUUAAAUUUAUCUCAACAAAAACAAAACAAAUCAUUGUGAGAUGUGUUUUUUUGGUAUUUAUAUAUUAGUUUGGUGUAUAAAUUAGUAGGAUAUUAUAGCAUCUUUCUUUUUAAUCACGAAUAAAUUUGAGGGUGUGCGUCUUUGAGUUUUA